AUGGCAAUGGCGGAACAUCCUUGGUCAAGUCAGUAUCCAGCAACGUGGAACAAUGUUUCAGAGCAUGCAGUUAGCAAUCCUAUCAUGGUUCAAGGUGGUGGCGCAAUGGGAGUAGCUAACUCGGUGCUGUCGCCACGAGAUAAUUCUUUUUGUAAUCAGAUGGUGGCAAAUGUACUGCAGUCUUCUUCACCUGGAAGUCUCAGCGCGCAAGAUGCUCGUUUUAAAGUUGAAGAGGGGAAGCUUUUGGAUAAAAGCGAUGAUAAUUCUACGAAAUCUGUCAAUGAUUCGAAGGACUCUACUGGAUGUGCUUCUUUUAUGCCGAUUACUUACCAACAGGCAACUGAUGUAAUACCUUUAGGCACAACUCCUGACUUUCAGGUGGUUCUUCAUCUUCCAAUUUUGGAAGGAAAUUACCACCAUUUAAUUUUCAAAAUUCUGCAGCAACUAAAAUUAUUGCUUAGUCUCCAAUUUCCAUACGUGCUGCAAGGUCAACCGAAUUCUAUGAUUUAUCCCAAUGCAGCUCAAAGUGCUGCUUAUGGAACCACGCCUACUGGCUAUGGUUAUGGGUCGUGGACAGCUGUAUAUAACAACACAGGAGCUCCUCCUUUGCAACUUAGUUCAGAUCCCGUGCUUACUCCAAAUGGGAACUUGACAAAUGGUGCCCGUGCUACUCCUCCAGUGUCUGCAGUAUACUCGUCUUCACCAUCUGGUGGUUUUCAUUUUCCUAUUGGUUAUCCGGCUCAAACUUCAAUUUCUCAUAUCACUGCCGAUAUGUCCAACCUUAGCAUCGCACCUCCACAGCAAGGUCGACGAGAUUCGUUUGGCACGAAUGGACAUCAGAUUAGUCAGAUUAGUACACCAACAUAUAGUGUGCAAAGUAUGCAAGCUCCACCUCAUCCGUACCUUUUCAUGAAUUUCCCGCAAACACCUCCUACCGGCUCACUCGGAUCUAGCCCAAAUUUCUUUGGAAAUGGUUUCCCGACAGGUUUUAAUACCUCUUCUUUGUUUGCUGGUUCAUCAUCUGCUGCCCAUAUGAUUCAGCAGGCACCGACGAAUCGUAAUAUUUAUUCUGCACAGACAAAUCAAAUUGCACCUAUGCCCUGCAACGUUAACAUGCAGUCAAACCGCAGAAUAAUUGGUCCAACAUCAUCCAGAGGUAUUGCUGUUUUUCUUUUUUUUUUUAACUUCAUGAUUUUACAGUUAGUAUUGUACUCGCCAUCCUCUUAUUUUUCAGGUGGUGAUAAUGACAGACAGAGUCGAUCACAUCUGUUAGACGACUUCCGGAACAAUCGUAAUCCUCAUCUUCAACUCGCCGAUCUGGGUGAUCACGUUGUUGAGUUUGCACAAGAUCAACAUGGAUCGAGAUUCAUUCAACAAAAAUUGGAGAGGGCUUCGAUGAAAGAAAAGCAAGCAGUAUUUGAAGAAGUUAUUGCUCAUGCCCAGUCGUUGAUGGUGGAUGUAUUUGGGAAUUAUGUCAUACAGAAAUUUUUUGAAUUUGGUACCACUGAGCAGAAAAAUCAGCUAACUGACGCAAUUAAGGCAUGUAUUUGUUUUCUUUUUAAUAUUUUUGGGAAGGUUAUGUCACUUGCUCUGCAGAUGUAUGGUUGUCGUGUAAUACAAAAGGCAUUGGAAAGCAUUGAAUCAGAUCAGCAAAUGGAAAUCUUGAAAGAAAUGGAGGGACAGGUGCUGAAAUGUGUAAAGGAUCAAAAUGGUAAUCACGUUGUCCAGAAAGUGAUUGAACGUGUCGACCCCUCCAAGCUGCAGUUUAUUAUUGAUGCAUUUGUUCAACCUGGUGAUAACAAUACGGUUAGUUCUCUUUCGACCCAUCCAUAUGGCUGUCGUGUAAUACAGCGUGUGCUGGAGCAUUGUACUGAGGAACAGAAAAGACCUGUGCUGGAUCAGUUGCAUAUGCAUAUUAAAGAUCUUGUCAUCGACCAGUACGGGAAUUAUGUCAUUCAACACGUAAUCGAGCACGGUUCGAUGGAAGACAGAGAUCGUAUUGUACAGCAGAUAAAGGGAGAUGUGCUUCGUUUUGCGCAACAUAAAUUUGCAUCAAAUGUGAUUGAAAAGUGUCUCACUUGCGGAGCCGUUCCUCACAAGAAUGCUCUGAUUACGGAAGUCUGCGGGAAUCCGAACGAUGCUGCAAAUACGCCACUUUUGCAAAUGAUGAAGGAUCAGUACGCAAACUAUGUUGUGCAGAAGAUGCUUGAUGUUGCGGAUAGUGCCCAUCGUAAGAAGAUGAUGCUUGCGAUUAAACCUCAUAUUCCAGCUUUGCGAAAAUACAACUAUGGAAAGCAUAUCAUAACAAAGUUGGAGAAGUAUUUCCAGAAGCAAAAUGGUGGUUUGCCGUUGGCCCAGCCAGAGUACCCUGUUGUUCUGCCACACUCAACACCGUUGAUAUGA